AUGGUCCUGGGCGAAAAGCCUCAUAAACGAGUGGGACCGUCCCCAUCAUGGGCCAGUCCUGCGGGACAUCUCCUUCCAGUUUCCCAGCAGAAGAGAAUCCGAAACCGCUUUCAAGGACAUAACUCGAACAAUGUUUUGCCUCAUUCUAAUGAAGCAGGAACGUAUCACAUUGGAGAUGUAUAUACGCCACUGGAACAAAAGCGUCCAUGGGAGAUAAACACUGACUUUAUGCCAUAUCUGAAACAUAUUAAGAAUAUUUCGCGGGGAUGGCCUUCUCUAUCGUACUUGGCAAGCUGGAUGGAGGUGACAACCUCUCCAGUUAAAUGGCGACAUCUCACAGAAGAAGAUCGAGAAACACGCGCAAAGCACACCCGAGUGGUGAUGAUAGACUUCCCUCAAGACAUAGAUGGCGAACCUACACGAACAUCAAUAAACAGUAUCCACGAGCUUCGCAGACUAUUUGAACAAUAUGACUUCAACCACAGCCCCGAUCAUUCCAGAUUAUUUGUCAUUGAGGAUCUGUCCAGAGAUGUCAUUGAAGCUUUCGGAUCUGCAUAUGACAUCGACCCCCAUUUCUGGAGAGGCCAUAUAAGCGACUAUCUAUGGUACAACACUAGGGAUCCUUGGGUGGAGCUCGAAGAACUUCCUCAUAUCACUCGAAGUCGGAAUUUCUAUCAUUUUCGCUACGUCCAUCCACGAUACUUUAAAAGCAAAGAAUCGCAAUUACGAGCUACACAAGAAGCACGCAGGAUGAACGUGCUCAGACGGUUGGAUGACGACCGUAUAAGCGCGAGUUUACUGGAUGAUGAGCAGGCAUCAGUAAACAUGUGGCGUAGUAAGGCGUCUUUAUGGCUUCGACGCAAUGGGAAACAUCAAAAACAUACGUUGGGGAUAUUGAUAGUAGACCCUUCGAUAAAAGAAGGGUAUCCUCUCUGGGGAAAAGGAUUCAACUUCGAACCACCCCCGAGUCUUGCAUCGAAAAGCGUACCGGCGGUGCCCGUUCCAAAGGAUUCAUUGUUCGAGGCUGUGAUCCACUGGACAAUGAAAAUGUCAAUGCAACAACUAAAUGAAUUGGAAGGGCACCCGAAUACAUUUGCCGUUGCAAUUCUCAGCAUUAUUGCUAUCGAGUGGCUUACUGUCAAAGAGUACGUGACCACAAGAUUGACUCAAAUUGAAUGGGAACUAGAAGUCCCAGACUUUCGAGGACAUGGUGAAAAAUAUGGGUUGGAUGCCUCCCUCAAAUGGCUUCACCCCUUCCGUCGAAAUGUUCCCAGAUAUCGAAAAUGGGUCACCAAUAUCCUCAACGGGAUUCUCGGCGACAAGAAUCUCUCACCCACCGAUUCCAAAGACCAAUCUCUUAGAGAUUUACGGGAGGAUUUCCUUAUUAUUCUCAAGGAUCUCGAGACGCUCCAAGCACAGGUCCAAGAUCUCGUCCGCGUCGUCACGGCAAUAAUAUCCAUAGAAGAAGCUAAGCGUUCUGCAGAACAGAACAAAAGUCUUGCGCGUCUGACGUACUUGGCUGUUGUAUUUGUGCCACUGUCAUUUGUCUCGAGUUUCUUUAGUAUGAAUUCGGAUAUUGCGAGUCUGCGCACUACGUUUUGGAUUUUCUUUGCGGUGGCGGUGCCUCUUACCCUUCUCUCGCUUUCGGUUACACGUUGGUGGGCUAUUACUAGGUGGCUGAGACGAGGUAGAGAUUAA